UCUCGAUCACGAACGUCAAAACAGCCGGUCACAACAAACACGCGGUGAAGCUCAUCAGUUAAAAAACAAGCAGCUGAUUGUAUGGCGGAUUUUUAGGAACGUGGUUUAAAGUACACUCAAAGUGAUGAACUACUUCCAAAUGAUUCCAAAAAUUGAGCUGCACGCUCAUCUCAACGGAUCGUUGAGUAAUCAAACGCUGGCGGAACUAAGAAAUCUAAAGUAUGGAUCAAACGGGAAUCAAUCGGGCUCGGACGACUCGUUUUACCGAAUUACAAGUGAAACGAAUUUAACACUCCAAGAAUGCUUCCAAAAAUUCAAGUACGCCCAUGAUUUGACCGAUCAGCCGGAUACUCUAGCCUUUGCAACCCGCAAGGUAAUCCAGGAAUUCGCAGAUGACAAUGUGGUUUACCUGGAGCUUCGUACAACGCCGAAAGCAACCGCCCACAUGACCAAACAUGAAUAUUUGACCACAGUCCUUGAAACUUUAAGAAAAUCCCAAACCGAAUUCCCAAAAAUAACAGUCAAGCUUCUGCCCUCAAUUGACCGUUCCAAGGGCGUCAAAGAAGCCGAGGAGAACGUCAACCUGGUUCUGGAACUCGCCAAAUCCUACCCAGACCUCAUCAAGGGAAUGGACCUGAGUGGGGCCCCCUUCGGAACCAAGUUCGCCGACUAUCGCGACCUCCUCCGCAAAGCCCAGUCGGCAGGCCUCAAGAUGGCGCUGCACUGCGGUGAAUUCGACGACGAUGACGAGGUUCGGCAAAUGUUUGAAUUUGGGACGGACCGGAUCGGGCACGGGACGUUCAUCAAGGGGGACAAUUUGGAGUUUGCAAGGAAGGCGAAAAUUCCGUUUGAGUGCUGUUUGACCAGUAACGUCAAGUGCAGUACGGUGCCGUCCUAUGAGGAGCAUCACUUCAAGCGACUUUGGGAGGGAGGAUUUGAGGUUUGCGUUUGUACCGAUGACUUUGGCGUCUUCGAGACCACACUGUCCCGGGAGCUGUGGCUCUGUGCCAAAACGUUCGGCCUCACGCCGGACCAAAUCAUCCAGCUCGAGGAACGCUCCAUCGGGUACACCUUCGCAAGUGCGGACGAAAAACGCGCCCUGGCCACACUGUUCGAGGACUUUCGAAGAGAAGAAGAAGAGGGAGAAGACAACCCACCAUCUCCAAUAUAGCUUCUUUAUUGUUUUCAUCUCUUGAUCUGCGUUCAAAUACAACAAGUCUGCUUCCACUUA